GUAAUUAAAUAAUUAAAAUGUUUUGACCCAAAAAUAAUUUGUCUAUAAAAUGGAAAACCAACCAAAAAAAUAAUUAUAGCUUCUGCCUUCAGCUAUUGUGAGACAAAAACAUGAAGCUUUCUGUUGCUUUCUUCCUUCUUCUUCUUUCUCUCCUCCUGAUUGGAGAAAUAAGCCAUGGAAGCAGGAAGGAAGAAGGAGAAUAUUGGAAAAAGAUAAUGAAAGAUGAAGAAAUUCCAGAUAUACUAAAAGAGUCGUUAUUGGAUGAUAAUUCAUUGGUGGACAACAACAAAAAGGAGCAUUUUAUGACCAACUUUGAUCCUCAUCCAAAUGCUAUAAUUUACCAUACUGCCCAUGCUUCCACUCAUAACAAUAAUCAUCAUCUCAAAAUCAACCCCACUCUUCCCAAUUCAUCCCCAUGAAAUUAUCUUCUUAAUUCCCAAAUAUAUCCCCAACCACAAAUGUUCCAUUUUCUCAUUCUAUCACACAUAUAUUAUUAAUUAAGACCUUCCAAACCUUUUCUGUAAAUUAUUAUAUUCACUGUGUGCUUUUUUUCUCUCUAUAUAUAUACCCUUCCACUUUAUCCUU